GUUUAUCAACAAGGGCCUAUAUAUAAAGGCGCGGCGCGCGGCGCGCGCACACGCACCUCAACCCGCGACGCUGUCACUGCGCUGCCAUCCAACCGCUCACAAUGUUCCACAGAACAGUGCUCCGUUGCGCCGUGCUGAUCGUGCUGGUGCCUCUAGUAGUCGGGGGCCCUUGGCAGAGGCCCCAGCGCACGCGGAGGUCACCCUCCACACUAGACACGAUCACUAUCAUCUCGCUGGAGGAGCCGUGCGCGCUGCAGGGCGGCAUGUGCAUGCGCAGCGAGGACUGCGAGCCCGGCAACUGGGUGCGCAUCCAGGCCGACCUGUGCCCCGAGCAGAAGCACAUGGGGAUCGGCUGUUGCUAUAACUAACAACAACACAGCAUCGAUCUGAACUCCGCCUCGAGGAGAUCGCACCAGAGCCGCCGGAGCCGCGCACUCACUACGCUCGUGACAUCCUGCUGUAGUAUGUACCCGGUAUAGGAGGCUUGAUGCGGCAGGAUCCCACUUCUGACGUCAUCGGCGUCCUCAGUAUCUCGGCAUCGCCUCUCGCGGCCCGUCUUACGAUCGCCUUACUUACAAAGUACCUUAUAUUUAAGAAAGUUAAACUUGACAUAGGUUUUAAGAUGAAAGCGACCCUGUAAAGUUAUCUAUUUAUUAUAAUAAUUAUAUAAGCACUUAUACUUAAGUAAAUAUGUUGUUAUGCUCUAAGCUAUUCUGAUUUAUUAAUAUUUUAUUUAUUAAAUCAGUACUUAAUUAUGUCAUGUUUUGUUUUAAAAAGAUGAUUAAUUAAUAAUUUAAUUAUGAGUGUAAAUUGGUAGCUGAAACGAUUUCAAAAAUCGUGUACUUUCAUAUUAUAUGACUGUCAAAAUAUGCUGUCGCUAAAAGCUGAAAUCUUGACGAAAUAAUUUCUAUUAUCUUUCAAUUUGCAUAUAAAUAAAAAAAUGCCUUGUUGG